ACACAGUAAACAGGUUUAGUGCAGUCAGACCCAGCAUGAUACAUUGAACUGUUUGAGUUCAGAGUAAGCGUCAAUAUUCUUUACUCCAGGAAGUGCUGGAGGAUUCAGUUCCUGGGGAGUGUGGAUGAAUUGAUUGGUCCAUGGCCCAACUCCUAACACUCUCUCACUGUGUUCUCUACUGGAGACCUCGAUGGGUCAGAAGCAUGUGUUCAUUAGAAGAGCGAGCUCGUGUCGUCUUUGCUGCCGCUUUGGAGGGAGUGCAGCCAGACAGUGUGGUGCGCAGAGCAUUAAAGCGACAGGGUGAUGAACUGGUGGUGGCUGAGCACAGAUUCAAGCUCUGUCAUAACCUUCAUCUGGUAGGAUUUGGAAAGGCUGUGCUGGGGAUGGCUGCAGAGGCAGAGAGGAUUGUGGGAGAUCACCUGGUUCAAGGGCUAGUUAGCGUGCCUCAUGGAAUUCAGGAAACGCUGCAAUGUCAUAGGAAGCUGAAUAUGUUGCUAGACCGCAACAGUAAAAUCAAAGUGAUGGAAGGAGCUAAACAUAACCUACCAGACACAGAUGCCCAAAGAUCAGCCGAAAGCAUCCGUGAACUCGCCAGCAAACUCACUGAGAGCGAUCUGCUGCUUGUCCUUAUCUCAGGUGGUGGCUCUGCAUUACUACCUGCUCCAGUUCCACCAGUAACCCUACAGGAAAAACAGGAAUUGACACGUCGCCUAGCUGCUGCAGGGGCCACAAUUCAGGAGUUAAACAUAGUGAGGCGAGCCCUGUCACUUUUGAAAGGUGGAGGCCUGGCACUUUGUGCAUUCCCUGCCCAGGUAGUGGGGCUGAUUCUAUCUGACAUCAUUGGAGAUCCAGUAGAUCUCAUAGCCAGCGGACCAACAGUACAGGGGGAGACAUCACUGGAUGAAGUUUGGGCCAUCCUGAACCGCUAUGAGCUUUCUGCUGCUCUUCCGUCAUCUGUGAAAGAGGUUCUGAAUGAAAUCCAGCACAGAGGCAAGCUAAAGGAUCAUCCACACCAAGUCAAAAUUCUCAACACUGUGAUUGGCUCCAAUGCUAUUGCCCUGCAGUGUGCCAGCCAUAAAGCAAAGGAGUUAGGCCUUCGACCACUUAUUCUAUCUCCAGGGGUGUGUGGUAAUGUCCAAGAUGUUGCCAAACUCUAUGGCUUGCUGUCUCGCUUUGCUUGUUCUCCAAAGACAGAGUCUUCAGAGCUCAGAGAUCAGAUUCUCAAACUGGGGCCAGAGGUUGGGGUGGGGAGCUUGGAACUUAGUUGCACAAUGAAACAUUUGAAAGAGGCUCAACAGGAAAGGUGGCAUGCCACAUGCCUGCUGGCUGGAGGUGAACCCACUGUCCAGCUACUGGGGAAAGGCAGAGGUGGAAGGAAUCAAGAGCUAGCCCUGAGGGUGGGGCUUGAGCUCAGCAGGGCAGCAGAUGGAACCAAAACUGUAUUCCUCAGCGGUGGAACCGAUGGCCAGGAUGGCCCUACUGAAGCAGCUGGUGCAGUUUGUGAUGGAAACAUAGAAGCAGAGGCCAAAAGUCAGGGACUGGACAUUGACAGAUUUCUUCGCAACAAUGAUUCAUUUACAUUUUUUUCAUCUCUUUUUAAGGGGCAAAAGUUGCUCCUGCCAGGACUCACAGGUACCAAUGUAAUGGAUGUUCACAUAAUGAUCCUGCCUCCACCACGACCACCACCAAAGUAACUUAUCCAAAAAAAAUGUAUUGGGAAAACAGAUAAAGCAUAAAAAAAAUAGAUGUGUCUAUUAGGACUAAGAGUUCCAUUGUGAUGAGAUGUUAUUGUAUAUUGUAGAAAAUUCAACACAUAUUACACAUUUUAAGUGUAUAUAUUCUGUAUAAUUGCGCUAAGACAAAUUGUAAAUGCACAAAAUUAUACUCUAAUAGUUACCAAUAGGGCUGCAACUAAUGAUUAUUUUGAUAAUCGAUUAGUCGGAUGAUUUUUUAUUUUUGUAACUUAUAUGUUUUGCUUAUUAUAAAAACCUAAUUCACGGUAUUCAUGUAUAAAAGUAUACUUAAAAAAUGCAAAAGUCACAUAGUGAGUUUAACUUACUUUUAUUUAAACAUGUUAAAGCUUAUAGUGGCUGCUUGUUGAAGAGUGCAUGGGGGUUUUCUUUGAACGAAUUCCUAAAUGAGUCUUGUAUAAUAAUUUAAUUAUAUAUACAUAAAUGAAACAUACAAACAUUAAAAACAAGCAUUUGAACAUAGUAAAGCCGCAGUAAAUUACAUUUAAAAACAGAUAAGUUAACUGUUGUUGUAGACAAAUGCUAUAAAAAGAGAAUGAAACGGAGAAAUGCAGCAAACUAACAAGCAUGAUUAAAAAAAAUUGUGUCCAAACUUUUGGUCUGUACUGUAUAUAUAUUAUAUAUACAGUACAGACCAAAAGUUUAUAUAUAUUAUA